AUGUCUGGUCGUGGUAAAGGAGGGAAAGGUCUAGGAAAAGGAGGCGCCAAGCGUCAUCGUAAAGUUCUUCGUGAUAAUAUCCAAGGUAUCACCAAGCCAGCUAUCCGUCGUCUUGCACGUCGUGGUGGUGUGAAGCGUAUCUCUGGUCUCAUUUAUGAAGAAACCCGUGGUGUGUUGAAGGUGUUCUUGGAGAACGUCAUCCGUGAUGCCGUCACCUACACCGAGCACGCCAAGAGAAAGACCGUCACCGCCAUGGAUGUCGUCUAUGCCUUGAAACGCCAGGGCCGUACUCUGUACGGUUUUGGUGGUUAGAUGGAUAUAAACUCAAACAAAACCAAACGGCCCUUUUCAGGGCCACCACAUCCUCCAAAAAGAGAACUACCGUUACCAUGUUUCAUUGUGUUGUGUGAGUGUGAGAGAAUCGUAUGAAACGUUUCAUGAACGAGACGUCACAAAUAUAUGUAAUGAAAAAACGACUUGUAUCGAUUAUUAAAAACUGUAAA